UACUGCGAUGUCGUCAUGGCGUCAGAAGUGGCAUGGCAUGUUCAACGACUACCUGCUUGCGUCUGGUGCUGCCGAAUUUCCCCCGGAGCGACGCAAGGCCCUUCUGCUGCACUGUCUGGGAGCCGAAGGUCAGCGAAUUUUCAACACACUACCUGACACGAAUCCUCCAAGCACCGCCCAGGACACCGGCAAAGACGCAACGAGCAAGCCGGACGUCUACGCCAUCGCCGUCGCUUCCUUGGCCCAACACUUCGCUACAACCAGCAACCUGGUCAUCGAGCGACACCGCUUCCACCGGCGUUUAGAAUCUCCAGGUCGUCGGGGGAACAUUUGCAGAACCUGGCCAAAGUCCUGCAAUGCAUCAAGGAUGCAGGCCUUAAACUGAAUCACAAUUGCAUUUUCAAUGUCAGAGUUGACAUUUCUAG